UGUGGCGAUACUUUUGACAUCCAAGAGUGUGGAAGCAAGUCAUAAAACUUAUUCAUGGAGAGAAUAUUAUAGUUACAAGUCAUCUCCAAAGUCAGCACCAACGUCUAUGCCUGACCCUAAGGAGUUAUCACAUCAACCAUCUCCAUCACCACAAUCAUCAUCCUCAGAUUAUUACACUUCUAGUCCACCAUCACCUUUAGGGUGGUUCUCUCCUCAACUACCCCCGGUUCCUUCAUCUACUUAUAACAAGUCUCCAAGUUCACCAACCUCAUCACCACUAUCGCUGCCUCCAAAUGAUUUUAAUUCUCCGCCCUCACCUUCAAGAUGGGCUCCAUCACCAUAUGAUUAUUCGUGGGAACCGUCUCCUAGUUAUACCAUUUCUCCUCAAUCAUCGCCUGUAGUUGCACCUUUUUACCCUAACCAGUCCCCACUAUCACCUAUAGAAUGGUUCUCUCCUCAACCUUCCCCAGCACCUUCUUCUUCUUACAAUGACAAGAAUGCUCCAAAUUCACCAACUAUAUCGCCACUAUCACCAUCUCCAUACGAUAAUAGUUCACCAUCCUUACCUUCAGAAUGGGCUCCAUCUCCAUAUCAUUAUUCAUGGGCACCAUAUCCUGGCGAUAAAGUAUCUCCUCAGUCAUCGGUUGUACCUGCACCUGUACCUUCUGAUUAUGAUAAGUCUUCACAACAACCUUCUCCAUCACCACUUCCAAAUUACUAUUAUAAAUCACUGCCUGCUCCAUACGUUUACAACUCUCCACCACCUCCAUUACUGUUGCCACCUCCUCCUUAUUAUUACAAGUCCCCACCACCGCUAUCACCAUCUCCUCCAGCACCAUACUACUAUAAAUCUCCACCUCCUCCAUCACCAUCACCUCCUCCUCCCCCACCAUCACCUUCUCCCCCUCCUCCAUAUGUUUACAAGUCACCACCGCCACCGCCACCGCCGCCAUCUCCACCUCCACCUCCUCCAUAUUACUACAAUUCAUCACCUCCACCAUCGCCAUCCCCUCCUCCUCCAUAUUACUACAAGUCACCAUCUCCACCAUCACCAUCCCCUCCACCUGCUUAUUACUACAACUACCUGCCACCACCUUCAUCUUACUAAAAAUUUCACAUUAUGUCUUCAUAUCUCUACUCCUAAACCAUAUAAGUACCAUUGCCACGUAUCCUCCUUUCUUGAAGUUUCAUUCGAUCCAUCUUUUAUUACUUUUUGUCAUGACAAGCCAUAUGAAACAUAUAUAUAUAUCUAUCUGCAGGGUAAGAGAAAUUAGCUCGAGAAAGAGACAUAUCAACAUCAGUAAUUUACUUUUAUUUGUCCAACAGAUCAUGUGCCAUUUGAAUUUCUUUUAACUUGUUCGUACCAUGUUCAU